CAGCCCUAUGGGCAAUCUCGCAAUUUCCCUCCAGCUAGGGGCUGCGCCGCAUUGACCAGGUCUGUUCUUUGUUCGCAUAUGACCCUGUUCGUUUAAAUUGCUCGCGUCGGGCGCUCAGCGUUCCAUCUCCACAUUCACCCCUCGCUGGGCAAGCAGACCCUCACCAUGGCCCCUCAGCAUCUUUACACGCUGGCGGACCAAGGAGAAGCAGAAGUCGAACCACAUACAAGCACAGAUGCGACAAACACAUCGUCGCCUCAAAAAGGUACGACGUAUUCCGAUGAGCCUCCGACAACCCCUUCGUCGAUCGCAUCCUCGUUGGAGAAGGGGUCUACCGUCACAUCGCGUUGGACCAUCGGAUGGAUGACCCCAGGGUCCAUCAUCACUUGCUUUCUCCUAGCGGCCACCCUGGCGUCCAUGCACCUAGGCCUCUUCCACUGGCUGGACCAGCGGGAAGUCAACAAGACCAUCAAGCAACCCUACGUAACAGCGCUAUCGGUCGUCUUUGUCAAUGCCUUUCGAACUUUCCUGGCCGCCGCCCUGGGCAUGUCUUUUAUCCAGAUGCUGUGGAAAGACCUGCGCGCGCGUCCGAUGCGCAUCGGUGACCUCGACUGCUUCCUCUCCGUCUUAACCAACCCCAUCUACCUCGGGCGCAUACAGCUUCUCGGGGUAGCCCCCAUCCCAUUCAUCUGCGCCUUGAUCUGCUGGUGCAUUCCCAUCGCCAUGAUCUUCCCCGGCGGCGCUCUCACCGUCGAGCCAAAGUCGCUCCAUAUCCUGGCCAACCGAUCUGUUCCAACCUUCGACCCGAGUUUCAUGGGAAACGGGUCCUUUCAGGGCAUGAUGGCCCAGGCUCUGUGGCAGCCGGAUGAUUUUGAUGCAUACAGCGGACCCACGAACAAGCUCACGCGCGUCGCCAGGCAGGCCAUAAUGGCCGGUCACUACCUGCCCUCAUCAUCCCCAUGCGAUACAGACUGUUCCUAUACAAUCACCAUGCCAGGUCCCAGCUUCGAGUGUCGCAACUACUCCUCUCCCGAUCUCUACACCUGGGUCAAUAGAACCUACCCGCAGACUCAAACAUGGCCAUAUCUGUACCUCGCCUCGGCAGACUACGCCGCACGCACCAACCAGUCGGAAUAUAUCCUCGACUUCGCCUUACGCUGGAAACAGAACGACGGGUAUCAGAAUCUCACCUGCCGAGCAUACGAGUCAACCUAUACGCUAGACAUCACCUACACCGGAGGCACACCAUGCAUCACGACAAAAGUCGAUCCCAUCCGCCCGUUGAACACCUCCGGUCUAUACACAGACUUUGGCGUAGAACCCGAGACAAUGGCAGAGGACGCACAUAUCAACGCGACCACAACAGGAUCCGGCGGAGGCAACGUCACCGACAUCUAUCGUCGAGCCAACCUGGCCGCGGUCCAAGACUCCUUAGUCCUCGCAUUGUCUGGCUACAUUGAUAUAUUCCUCCUCCACAACCAACCCUCCGCCAACACAAUCAUCUCCCUAUCCGAACUCUACUCCGGCAGCAUCUACUCCCCCACCUUCAACAUCACCAAUUUAUCCCUCCAAAACCUCCUCCAAAACAUCACCCUCUCCCUCUUAACCCUAAACCAAACCACCACCGAAACAACCGUCACCAACAACGUCACCGUAAACGUCUACUCCUUCAAGCGACCCGCGCGUCUCAUCACCCCGUACUUCGUUUGUCUUGGAGUCGGACUGGCGUUUAUUCUCUUUGGUGGACACGCGCUCGUCAGUAAUGGUAUUUCUGCUAGUAUGACGGGGUUGUUUCAGACGCUGUGUACCACGCGGGCGAGUACCAGGCUGGAUGAUCUCGCGGCUAAGGGGUGUUUAGGUGGACGGGAGAAUGUCCCUGAUGAUUUGAGGAAUCUCAAGGUCAUGUUUGGGGAGAUUCGAGGGAGAGAUGGUGUGCGGAUGGCGGGGUUGGGGUCCGCGGAGGAGGUGGUUCCGUUGAAGAGGGGGGCGAUAUGAUGGCUGUGCUGGGUGGGAGUUAUGGAUUAAGAGAUGGGGGGUAAUGUAAUGUUUAUUUAGGACGAUAGUUGCGAUCCUAUAAGUAAGGAUAAUUAAGUAAUGUGUUGGCUUCUUGCUACAUUAUCUACUUAUUCCUAUGAGCAAAAUCAUGUACGAUAUAAGGUGCUCCGAGGUUAUAAUUGGUACAUACGACCACAGGGUGUGGAGAACAGGG